GCUUAGUUGGAAGUUUUUUAAUUUCUCUUCAUUUGUCUCUCUCAGUGAUUUUUUUGUACAUUUAACCUGCCAUACAACUGGACAAUUAAACAAUCGGUGUUAAACAAUUAACUUCAGAUGUUUUUCUGGGAUUGGAUAACCGGUGUCCUCGGUUUUUUAGGCCUUUAUAAGAAAAGUGGUAAAUUGUUGUUCCUUGGUUUGGAUAAUGCUGGUAAAACAACGUUAUUACAUAUGCUUAAAGAUGAUCGGAUGGCUCAACAUGUACCUACACUUCAUCCAACCUCAGAGGAAUUGGCCAUUGGUAACAUAAGAUUUACUACUUUUGAUCUUGGUGGUCAUCAUCAAGCCCGCCGAGUAUGGAAAGAUUAUUUCCCUGCUGUUGAUGCAAUUGUUUUCCUCAUUGAUGCUCAUGACACAGAACGAUUUCCAGAAUCUAAAACGGAAUUAGAUAGCUUACUAACUGACGAGCAAUUAUCAAAUGUACCUGUUUUGAUACUUGGAAAUAAGAUUGAUAUUCGAGGGGCUGCUAGUGAAGAUAAUAUUAGGUCAUAUUUUGGUCUACAUGGUGUAACCACUGGUAAGGGAAAAGUUUCCCGAUCUGAAUUACCUGGUCGUCCAGUUGAACUAUUCAUGUGUAGUGUGCUAAAAAGGCAAGGAUAUGGUGAAGGCUUCCGGUGGAUAGCUCAAUAUAUUUAAAUUAGGUCAAAUUUAAGUAAUAUACAAACUUGAUAUAUAAAAAAAACAGCAAAACAUAAACAACAACAACAUCAUCAUCAACAACAUACACACCACCACAACCACCACCUACUACAACUUAUACAUAAACUGUCAAAAUUAACUUGCAUAAAGUAAAAAAAGAGUAACAAGAGAAAAUUUUAUGAAACUGGAUUAAGAAAAUCUAUAUAAAUGAUCCAUUUUCAACUACAAUCUUUUUUUUUCAUUUUCAUGGAAAAAUAUUUGAAACUUUCAACAGUAAAAAACAAAAGCAAAAGGGUUUGAAAAUAAAGGGUAAACCACAGAUUCCUUUUAAUAUAA